AUUGCGCGCCCACAUAGAGAACGACAAUCUCUUCGAGUACCAUGCCGUGAACACGAUGAUUAAGAUUAUCUGGGGCUACUACACCUUUGUCCAUCUCACGUGCUUCACGGUUCUCAUAGUCUACGGGUACGCAAACACGCGGACGCGAGAUAUAAUCGGUAAGUAG